AUGGAUCUGCAGGGCACGAGCUGCAAGAAGUGCAGCGGAGGUUUCAGGAAGCUGGACUCCGGGUUCUGUGAGGCAUGCAUGGACCUUCCUCAUUGGGUGGGUAAGUCUGGUGAGACUUGCAGCACGGCCACGUGCUCCGCGGAGAAGUUCCGGGGGAUCUCCUCGGACACGGCCUGCUGCAAGUGCAAAGGAGGCCACAAGCAGGCUACGAAGUUCACCUAUUAUGUGGAGCCCAUGGCCCUCGACAGCGAGAUAGUCGUUGGUCACCCGAUUCCACGAACAGCAAGCCGCUACUCCGUGAACAAGGACAGCCUCGCGGCUUGGGAGAGUCGUUUGUCUGGCCUCACUGUCAUCCAUGUCAAUGAAACAGUAGCGUUUGUCUUCUCUGCAAAUGUCCUCGAUGCGGUUUGUGGUGUAGGCCGAGAUGAUCAGGCGGUCGGAUUUCCAUGGGCACGUGCCAUGGAGCUUGAAUGGACUGAACUCGAUUCCGGGCAGUUUGACUUCGAGGUUGCGACCGCGAUGUUGUCCAUUUGGGGAUAG